CCCCGUCUCAAAAGUUCAAUGAAGGCAGGCGCCUCCCUCUGGCCAGGAACAUGAAGGGCUUAUCGGGCAGCCGAUCCCAGCACCAGAUCCCUUUACCCCAUGGCUUGGACUAUGACCCUCAUGUCCAUGACCUUCAUGCUCACCAUGGCCCCGAGUCCCGCCACUCGUCCUACCUGCUCAGCCCCACAGAGAGCUGCCCCAUGGACUUCCACCACCGAUAUUCGCCGCGCAGUUCCAUCCACUCUGACUGCAUGUCCCCUAUCAUGAUGGCACCACCUGCCCCGUCUGACCACAUGUCCAGCAGUACCUUCCCCAGGAUGCACUAUAGCUCACAAUACUAUGACUCAGCCACACGGGACGACUGCGCUGCCAUCACAGCCUCUGCCACUUCCCCUGCUGUCGCUGCUGCUGCAGCCGCGGCAGCUGCUUCCUCCCACCACGCCGGCACCAAGAGCAACCGCCUUCCUGCUAACCUUCUCGACCAGUUUGAAAAACAAAUGCCUCUACACCGCGAUGGCUUCCACACAUUACAGUACCAGCGCACCUCCACCACCACUGAGCAACGUAGCGAGAGUCCUGGCCGCAUCAGACACCUUGUUCACUCCGUCCAGAAGCUCUUCACUAAAUCUCAUUCCCUGGAGGGAUCAUCCAAGAUGAAUGGCACAAAAGGUGAUAUUGUCGGAGGUGGAGGAGGAACAGGAGGUUAUUACCAUCAUGGCCACCACUCAACCAAACAUGGUAGCAAGAGGAGCAAGAGCAAAGAACGUAAGCACCGCUCCGGAGGCUGGUGGAGCUCCGACGACAAUCUGGAUAGCGAUAGCACCUACCGCACGCCCAGUGUCAUGUCACGCCACCACGGGGAACACGUCAGCCACUGCUACCCAGAUUCCAUGCACAGCCAUCACUUUGGAGACCUGUCUCUCAAGACCUCUAAGAGUAACAAUGAUGUCAAGUGCUCGGCCUGUGAGAGCAUGGCCAUGGCACCUGAGGGAAAAUUCAUGAAGAGGAGCUCCUGGUCGACAUUGACAGUCAGCCAGGCGAAGGAGGCCUACAGGAAGUCAUCGCUUAAUCUAGAGAAACCCAUAAUGCAUAUGGACCACAAGCCUUCAUUGCGGACAUGUCACUAUCUGCAGGUGCCCCAGGAUGAAUGGGGUGGAUACCCAGGCGACAAAGACGAGGAGAUCCCAUGUCGGCGGAUGCGCAGCAGUAGUUACGUCAAAGCUAUGGGAGAGGUGGAUGACGAAAGUGGCGACUCGGACACCAGCCCUAAAACCUCUCCACAGAAGGCCAUUCGGUCGGAUGCGCUUGUACUUAAAUCAGCCAUGCAUAGACCCCACUUAGACUCCCACCGCCAGGGCUACCAGUUGCAAACCACAAGAGAAAUGCGGCCCCACCCUAGUGUCACACUGGACCCUGCCACCUUUCAUCCCCCGCCCUUCCGAUCUCGCAACCAGAGCUACAUGCGCGCAGUCAGCACCCUCAGUCAGGCUAGCUGCGUCAGCCAGGUGAGUGAGACUGAGAUCAAUGGCCAGUUUGAGUCAGUUUGCGAGUCCGUUUUUAGUGAAGUAGAAUCCCAGGCCAUGGAGGCCUUGGACCUGCCUGGUUCGUUCCGAACUCGAAGCCACAGUUACCUCCGUGCAAUUCAGGCUGGUUAUUCCCAAGAUGACGACUGCUUGCCUUCAAUGACAUCCUCCACUGUCACUUCAACUCUCAGAUCCACAACAGAGGGAUAUGAUCUUGUGGAUGGGACCUCUUUACUAAAUGAAGACAUGAUAGAGGACGAUGACGGUGCUAGCUCCUCUGCCUAUGUGGAGCUGGAAAGGCUGGAGAGAGAGACUGCUGCUGCUCGCAGCCAGCACAGUACUAGCUCCACCAUAACAGCCAUCUCUGUCCCACCGGCCUCCCCACCAUCAUACAGGGUCCCUUCCUCACCCAUAGGCACCUCUGAGCCACCAGUCCCUCAGGCCAUUCAGGCUUUUAAGGAGUCUGCUAACAUGGUUGCUGCCUUCAAUAUGCAGUGGAAAGAUGAAAUCUCAGCAAUGCGCUAUGAGCUGGCGGAGCUGCGCAGAGACGUCUGUGGGGAAUUAAAAACUUUCAACAGCAACUUCUUCAACUUUACUCAGUGCUACAAUAUGUGGACUUUGUGUCGGGAGCCUUGCAGUGACAGUACCACACAAACAGAUGACAGAGUGUCCGUAGGAAUUCAAGCAGGCACAAGUUGGGCUGUGCAGCAAAACAGAUCAGACAAGUCUGUGAUGUGCCAACCAGAGCCAGCACCUUUCAGUAUAAUGGAUCUGAUGCACCCACCCCGAAUUGAGAUCAUUGAGGGAACCCCUGAAAGCACUCCAGAGGGGUCAGGCAGCCCUGCCAGCCCACUUCCAAUAGAGGACUUCCCAUGGGAGAUCAUCAAAAAGCAAAAGACAUAUAAGCAGCCAGAUUCAGGUGCCCACACAGGUGGCCACAGAAGCGCCAGUCUAGAACUAUGGAGCAGAAAGUACACCAGUGGGCCCAUGUCAUAUCUGUCUAUGUCAUUCUAAUCAUUCCCAUUUUACGCAUUCUAUAAGCUGAGCCGAGGAAGCCAGGGUGACAACCUGACGUUUACCAAGAAAGACAGGGAAGUGCAGUUGUUAGAUGUCCCUUUACUCUAUGCAGACACAGAGUCUGUCAUCUCUUGAACAGGUUUCGCUGUUGUUCAAGCAAUCUUUUAAUAAGUGUCUUGCUUAGCUGUGGAAUAAAUGAGAGUGAUGAGGUUUUACACCAGAAUGAGGUGACAUGAGAAUGUGAGAGAGAAUGUGGUUGAUGUGCAGAUCCUCAAGUGCCAACAAGAGCAGCGUUAUCUUCUCUCGGCAGUCUUAAAUACCCAACCUUCAUAUUAAAGUCAAUUACUACAAACAUGAUUGGAAAUCUGAGGGUCAUUUAAUGACUAACAAACUCAAUUCUCAGCCAUUGUGAGGUGAGGAAUAAGUUGGCCUGUUUCUGCUCAUGACUUUGAAUAGCUCAAGCUCAUGUUCAUUCCAGUUUCUCCACAUGUAGAAAAAUUAACUUAAGCACCUGGGUAUGCUGAAUAAAUACUGUGAAUAACUUUAUAACCCUAGUUUUCUAAUGAAUGCAUUGAAGAUGAACACAUUAUUUAUGAAUAUAAUGAUAUAUAGUUUACUUUUUAGUUAUUCUAAUCAAAGCAUUCCUCUGCCAUGGCCUUCAUCCAUUUUGCAGCCACUUCCAGUUGAAAUGGGAAUACUGAAAAUCUCUCAAUAGUGAACAUGUAGACUAGAGCAGCAACUGUGAUUAUUUGAACUAGUGGAACUAGUGAAGACGAGUGUUGGCAACAACUUAAAAUAGUCCAAAUCAAAUUGUGAGCCCAAUUCUCUGGAAUAUUCUAUGGAUGACACGGUCUAAAAAAGAUUUAUCGACCGGCUUUGUGGCCCCUAGCUAAAAAAAGUUUACAAAGAUUUCAUAUUUAAUAGCGUGUGGAGAGGAAAACAGCUGGGGGUCCACAGUGAUCAUUAAGUAUGAAUGUACUGGCUUCAGUUCGUUCUUGCACAAACUGCAUUCAUUCUUCAAACUCUGUACAUGUGUAUAAAUGUACCAUUUUGUAUAUAUAGAAACUUAUAUUCAAUACUUGUACUGUUCGCAGUUGUACUCAUACUGUGUUGCCAGCGCUGAGCUGGGUUAAAGUAAAGUAGUUAUGGUUCAAAACCAAACACAGCACUUUUUCCAGUCUUUGAAGUCUGCCUCCAUUUUAUUCAUCACGUUUACCAACCAGUUGCUUGUACACCCUAUUAGGUAGUUGGUAAUUCAUACAGUGUUUCGGCCAUUGUUUUUUGUGCAGUGGUGACUGGAGAUUCUUACCUGUCUUACCUAUCCAUUCAUAUUUCUUUAAGAGGAAAUGGUCUAAAAAACACUCAGUCGUGUUUUGGUCAAUUCUACCAUAUUCACCUUUUUUUAAAUGCCACAUUUCUCUGGUAAUGCCAGGAAAAAUGUUCAUGCUGGGGUGGCUCAUCACUGCUGAAAGAUAACAGAGAAACAUUGGUCCCUAAACGUAGACAAUCAUAGCCACUGAGGGCCUCUAACUCUCUGACAAGACAUGUCCCCAGAGGAGCAGUAUAGUACCACUGAAUGUACUAACACCGCCUCACUAGUGAUGGCUUAGCUGGGCUCCUGUCAAAACGUGACGGAUGGGAGCCUUGAUCAUUCCCUACAUUUGGCCGAUUGAUCAUUUUGUCUGUUACUCAUAAAAUAAGAAUUUUCAUUUGCCACUGGCAUUUCCAUCCAUCCACUCCAUUGUCGAAUUGUCCAACAUGGCGUACCAAAGUAAAUACCGAGGCCCAUGGAACUGAGGCCAACAACAAACAUCUCCAAGUUUGACAACAUUUAUCUCUCUGGAUGAUCACUGCAGCACAGGACCACGGAGAGCCUGUAUGUGUGUCAGACCCCUGACUGAAAUGUGAACCUUGCAAAGUACUUGUAACAAAGGAGAGGCUACAUCCUUCAAUUCAUAAAAGAGAGUGGAUCGACUUCCUCCUUUGCACAAACAAAAGACAAUACUUAAGAGUGGCAUUAUGAAAAAGAUAUUUAUACAUAUAUAUAUAAAAAAAAGGCUGUACUAGAGGGGAAAUCGAAAUCCACAAAAGAAAAAAAGGCAGACAUUUCCCUUCCAGUUAUUGCAGUAGCCCCACCCAACACAUAGAGUUACUCAUCAAACAUGAGCUGAAAUUACAAGUUCAAAACUGCAUUUGCCUUUAUAAUCCAAAGUGUUACAGGAGAAAUACUAUGGCUACAUGCAUAUUACUCUGUUUUCAUUUCAAAAUCAAGUGGCAACUCGUCGUGACAUUAUCCACAAUUAUCUGAACUCCCAUUCCGAAGACUAUAGAAUAUGCUCGACCAUGUUGAGGUUUUGCAACCAUAAGUUCAUAAAUGUUAUCUGCAACCAGGCUCCCAAUCACACUGGCACAAUACCAGUUGCCAAUUACACUGGUGUCUACUAAUAAGUGCCAUCUGUUUUCCUUAAAAUGUGAACAUAGUUUGUAAAAUUGACAUCUUGUGCUGAGACCUAAAACUAGCGAUAAAGACCAUUAACUCCUCAGGAAAAUGUUACUGGUGUUAUGUAUCAAGUGAGAAGCAGGCAAAUUUUUCCAUGAACUUCGAUUCAAACUAGCUUAAUUUUGCAACCAGCAGUGUCUCCCCCUGGUGACUAUUCAAUAUAUUUUUUCUUCCUGAUUGGCUUUAUUGAGGAAAGCUCUUAUCUGCCAGAACUCAACUCCUACUAUUUACUUUUAUUUCUAGUUGAAAAACUUGUGAAAUUAAGAUGAAAUGCUCAUCAUGACACAGAUUACUUAAUCUGCAAACACCAUAUUUAAAUGAAAACAUAGUCGUGUGAAUGUAGCCUGUGUUAAGGCCUGCUGGGUAGAUAACCUUUGGCAGCAACUCCUCAGACGUUGAGUUUGUGGUACAAAGAAUAAAAUGAAUAAGUCCAAAUGUAUUAUUGCCAUCCUUCACUAUUUGCAAUACAGAAUAAGCUUUUUUAAUAAAAAAGCUUAUAACCUGUUAAUUAUUAUUAUAAACCCAGACAAACUAAUUAUUUCAGUGAAAGGCAUAUGACUGUGACAAGACUUAGCUUAUAAUCAUUUUAAUAUAUAAAUAUAUAUGAAAAAGAAAAAAACUUUUAAAAAGGCUUGUACUUGUAUUUUUUUUUUCCUUUUUGAACAAUUAAAAGGGAGCUGCAAUGGCAUUCCUUACUUAACAUCGAUUCCCAUUGUUUGGGGAAUGCAAAGUAAUUUUAAGGUGCUGAAGACCGGCCAAUCAUGAUGUCUCCAAUCUACAUUCAUUCAUUCUAUGCAAGUUGUCUGUUCUUUGUUGUAUUUUUACGCCAUCUGAAUAUUUACAGUUAUAGAUAUUAGACGUUUAUGUUGAGCCUUCACACAAAUCAACAGUGCCAGGAGUGAAAAUAUAGGUGGCUGGCCCUUUUCACGCAAAAUGAUGUUUCUUUUAUUCAAUUUAUUUGUGCAUGAGCAACGGGCAACACUUAAAAGGUUUUAGUUGUUUCCAGCAAAAUUGUUGUUCUGUUCCCAUUUAUUUUUAUAUUAGCUUAUAACGUCAAAGAGAUUGUUGGUGAGAUUCCUGAGAUUUCUGCCAUGUUGUAGCAUCCACAUGCUUCAUAACAUCUCGACACAAAAGAAAUUAACAAUCAAAAGUGCAUCACACAUCACACACUGACAAUUUGUUUUCUGACUUAGACUCAAAAUUAAUACAGCGAGAUACAAAGCUUGUGAUAGUGUAAUUGGAAAAGCUGUACAAAUGCUUCAUAUACUUCAAUUCUUAUAUCCAGUUGUACUGCAAAUUAAUGACUGAUGAUUGAUGCCAGGGAACUCAACCGUGCUAUACAUAGGUUUAUUUCAGUGUUUCAUUAUCAUUUCAUCAUUUAGCCCAAAGAUAAUCUUCCCUUAAAAAGAGUUUAAAUGUAGCAAAAUUGCAGAUAUUGAUAUGGAAAUAUUAUUUUGAAAACAUAUUCAUUAAAGCUAUAGAUUUAGAGAAUACAACGGAUAAAAAAUACACGGGGUAUUUGCAACUAUUUUUUAACCAUGCAACCAUAUUUUGUGUCAUAAAAUAUGAGUGUUUGUAGGAAAGUAUGACUUGUAAAAAAACAUGAUGUUAUAAUGUGUAAUCAAUUCACAAAAUGACUGAUGAAUUUUGGUUAUCAUUUUUGUUGUGACCCAGAGAUCUGAUGCAACAACUGUGCCAACUAUGUGAUGUCCAGUUAUGAGGACAGAGGUUUUUGAAAGUUGAUCUCGCCUGAACCUGUAACACUGCUUAAAUAUAAAUUAUUUUCUACACAUGUUAUUUUCCUGCACUUAUUCCAGGUUUCUUACAGAAAACAUGCUAAUUUGCAUCAUCCACGUUGCAAUAUUCAGGGAUCUCAGACUGCAUUAUUGUCAAAGUAAUAUAGCAUCCAUUAAAAAAAAUCUAUAGUUUAGCCUGCAUUUGUCAGCAUAUGCUUAUUUUGUUAAAAGAAUGAAAUGUGACAUGUGAUACUUUGGUUUUUAUUGUUCUUUUUUUUUGCUUAUUGUGGUGUUUCUUGUGAAUUUUAAUUUACAACUUUUAUUGGCCUUAUGUACUUUUCAUAAAUUGAUAUAAAACAAAAGAAUAAAAUGUUCAUGAUGUUUAUGGUAAUUUAAAUGGCAAAAUGGGGGUCAUAGCUUUACAGUGGCAUCCAAAGAUGAAAAAGACGUAGCAUGAAUUGUACCUUUUUUCUUUUUUGUUCGUAGUGAGUAGACCACACACUUAAACACACGGCAAAUACACAGCAUGAGUCUUGCACGGUGUAUUUUUACUUUGACACUCAAUAUUUCCUACUAAGCUUUCAUAUUUU